UGGUACAGAUGGAAUUGAGAAAAUCGUUGGACGGCUGCAGGACUGAAACACCUGCUUGGAAUCUCCCAAACCCGGCUCCCGAUCUCAACGAAACCCUAAGCAGUGAAGGCCCCGGUAGCUGCCGUUACCUUCGAUCUGGCGAUCUCCCUUAUUCCGAAGACAGCAACUCGGCUGAAGGCGGAGGAGAAAGCAGGCGCCAGGUAGCCGCCGCCGGAGCAGGAGAAGAUGAUACUCCCGGUGGCGAAGCUCGGGACGCUGUUGCUGAAGACGAUGUCGAAGCCCAUCGCAACCAGGCUCAAGACGGAGGCCAGCCGCCACCCCAAGUUCCGGCAGCUCAUCAUCAGCCUCGCGCAGGCAAAUCACCGCAUCUCCACAAACAUCCAAAGAAGAGUCUAUGGUCAUGCAACUAAUGUUGAGAUUCGUCCGUUGAAUGAGGAGAAGGCUGUUCAAGCUGCUGCCGAUCUUAUUGGGGAGCUCUUCGUUUUCUCGGUUGCUGGAGCUGCCGUAAUUUUUGAGGUGCAAAGAAGUGCAAGGUCAGAGGCCCGAAAAGAGGAGGCCCGUAAAAAUGAAAUUGAGGCAAUAAGGCAAAAGGAGGAUCAGCUGGCUGAAGAGAUAUUGACUAUGAAGCAGAAACUUAGUGAGUUGGAGCGCCUCGCCAACUCUCGAGGUCUCUCUGGACUGUUCAGGAGCAGCAGUGUGCCAGACCAAAUAAAGCCCACAUGACCAGUUUGUUUGACUGGAACAAAAUUACCCUUAAUGGAAUCUAACCAGCCUUCACUGUUCAUUCUUUCGGCGUGUGCAGCUUCAUGUUGACAAUCCUCCAGCUUCACUCCGUCGUACAGAGUUUCAGCACCGAUCAUUCAGCUUAUUGAAUCUUCCUGGCAUACAGCUUGUUCAAUAAUCGGUGUGUACAAAAUUCUUCUAACUGGACCUUCCAGCAGGUAUAACUUCUUUAGAGACUUGUCCACUUCAGUCUAAACUUUGUCCCAGUAGCUUCAGUGGCUUGUCUUGUAUUACAUUCAUGAGACCGGCUGAAGUAUAUUAUGCUUGACAAGUA